CUAAUUUUCAUAAAUGGCCAAAAAGCCCGAAUCAGAUAGAGCAGGCAUGGUAAUGACCCAGGCCUUUAAUGAUAUCAGCCAUUACGGCUAUGACGAGAUGCCUCUAAGCAUUAGGCAGUAUAAGAACAACUCAGAAGUCAAAGUCCUAAAGGCUGAGAUCAAGGACUUAAAAUAAAACAGUUAGGAUAAAUAAAGACAUAUUAGCGUCUUUUGUACAAGAAAACUCUGAUUUGAAAUCAACGAUAUCGAUGCAGAAGAAGCAUAUCUCAGAAGCGAAUUUGAAGGUUUCUGAGAUGAAUGAAAGUGUGAAAAUAACUGAGGAUAAAUGCUUGAUUCUGGAGCAAAUUAAAUCAUAUUUUGAACAAGCUGCAGAAGAAGCUGAGACUAAUUGAAAAGACCAAAUUGCUGACUUAAUGGACCAACUAGACAGAAAGGAAUAUAUUAUACAACUCAAGGAGUAUAAGUGGAAUGAAAUUGAACAAAUCUUGUCUAUAUAUAUUAAAAGUGACUUUAACCUUCGCAGUAAACUGGGCCAACUGAAAUACUUAUGAGAUGAUACAAGUUCAGGUCGAGGAAUUUCUAGUGUGAUUAAAGAAAACGAAAUAUUACGAAAUAAGUUGCAAUCUGCUACAAAGGAAAUUGACAACUUAGUAGCGGUCAUCCAGGAUAUCCAGAACAAUAAUGAUACCUCUCUCGAUGAAAUAAUGGAAGAAAUAUCAGAUACAAGCGGUGGGACUGGGAGCUACAAUUGUCCUACUUCCCCUGCUCCAGUACCAAAACUAAAUCUCUCUCCUGUCAAGGAGAUGACUAAGGAUAUGACUAACUACAAACAGCUCUGUGCCGACCAAUCCAGCUACAUAAACGAGCUGACCAAGAUGAAUAGUAUUCUUAUUAAGAAGAAUAAGAAAAUGGCUGAUUAUAUAAAGAACAAAACUUUGAAGUAUAAAAAGAAUGCCAAAGACAGCCUACAAAGAAUGAACAUUGUUAAGAAGAAACUCGAGGAAUAUGAAGGCCUUAACAGAAGCGUCUUUGAGACACUAGAGACACAUGAGAAGAUCAUGGAUAUCAGAAACCAUUCAGAGAUCGAUGAUAAAACUUCGGUGUUUUCACAUGCCUCUGAUUUAAGCCCUAUAAAAAUUGGUGGAGUGCAGUUAGAUGAAAACCAAAUCAGCUUUGGGAAGGAUGAUGAAGUCCUCUCUGCAACUGGCUCUAGUUCUCACCAUAGGAGAGCUAAGAGUAAGCUGCACAUGUAUAAACAAAAGUCAGAUGCUAAUAAGAUGAAUAUUGAAAAAUUAGAGAAAACUCUACAAGACAUUAACAGAAGGUGCCCUUCAUUUUCAAAGGUGAAUAGUAUGAAACCCUAUCCCAAACAGACUCUACCCGAGCAGGAUCAAAGAGUCUCUGACCUAAUAGGUAGGCCAUCUCGUAAUGAUAUCUCUGAUAUCAGAUAUCCCUCUGACAGGAGAUGUGAGUCCCCUAUCAAUGCUGAAGAAUUCUUUGAGGCUUCCUUUGACAUAAAUCCCUAGAUUCCUACUCUAUUAGAUUACUCAUUGUUUCAAUCU